CGUAGUCGCAGAGAGCGGCCAGUGAGUCAGAGGCCCUGGAGCUCCCAUUCCCAGGGCUGAGGGGACUCAGAAACAAUUCUCUCUGCGGCCGGAACCUACUCUUCUGGAGUUGCUCUCAGGGGCCCACCCCCGGCGGCCUCUGGCAGGGGAGGGGUCGGGUCCAUUUGGCCCUUCUUGGUCUCUGGGGUGAGGUUGGGAGGAGGGGGGAUUCUUCCCCGAUGUAUGGCCUCAGCCCCGCGUGUGUCCUGCUGCUUCUUGGUGUGCGGCUUGCAGCGGUUGGGCCGGCCGGGGCUGUGGAGGUUUACACCUCGGGGGCGUUGGAGGCCGUUAACGGGACCGACAUCCGUCUGAAAUGCACUUUCUCCAGCUUCGUCCCAGUGGGCAGCGGCCUGACGGUGACCUGGAACUUCCGGCCCGAGAGCGGGGGCUCCGAGGAGUUUGUAUUUUACUACCACGAGCAGCCCUAUGCUCCGGCCAGAGGACAUUUUAAGGGUCGGGUAGUCUGGGACGGGAACAUUAACCGCAAUGACGUCUCCAUCGUCAUCUGGCACCUGCAGUUCGACGACAACGGGACGUUCACCUGCCAAGUGAAGAAUCCUCCUGACGUGGAUGGGCUGAUCGGAGAAAUCCAGCUCAGAGUCGUGCAGACGGUGCGUUUCUCGGAGAUGUACUUCCUGGCUCUGGCCAUCGGCUCUACGUGUGCCCUGAUGGUCAUCCUGGUGAUCGCAGUGGUCCUCGUACAGCACUUCCGGAAGAAGCGGCACCAGGCCCACAUGGUGGAGACAGAAUCGAAAGAAGAGGAGAAGCUGAAUCAGGAGAAGGUCUCUAUUUCCUUAGAAGACACUCACUAGUGUCCUCAGACUGAACGGUGACUGCAUGAUCCCGAGAACCAGGAUCCCUAGUACACACUUGGAAGUUUUUCUCCAGCUCUGACUGCCAACAUCCCUGGCUCCUCCAACCAGCUCUCCUCGUUGCCUUCAACUCCAAUCUGCUGCUCGGUCCGUUUUCGGCCGGUGAAGAGCUCUUCCUGUGCACUUGUGGUCUCUUUAUCCAGGUUUUAUUCGAUUUUAAUGUUCAGAGAUCUUUCAAAAUUUUUCGAGUUUUUGAAAAGGACUAGAAACCAACUUAUCUGGCAUAAAAUUCCCUUCUGCACAUGACAGGUCCCAUAUGUCAUAACAAAA